GAUCAGAGCUCUCGCUCGCUCAUUUAGCUCGGGACGCAUCAGGAGUUUCUCAUCUCAUCGGCGGACCGGACCUCACACCGCAGCCCAUCAUCCAUUCAGCAGAGGAGAGCAGCUUGCUCGGGGACAACACGCAGAGACUGGCAGACAGACCCGGAGACAGAGAGAGGCAGAGAGGCAGAGACGACGAGGAGCGAGGAACGCAGAAAGGAAAAAAAAAGCUCGAGAGCGAAUCGAGGAUAUGGCGAUCACCAUCUCGGCGGUGAAGGCUCGGUCCAUCUAUGACAGCAGAGGGAACCCGACGGUGGAGUGCGAUGUGCACCUGAGCGAUGGGUCGAUGCACCGGGCGGCGGUGCCGAGCGGAGCGUCGACGGGAGUGUACGAGGCGCUCGAGCUCCGCGACGGAGGCAAGAAGUUCAUGGGCAAGGGCGUGUCGAAGGCCGUGGGCAACAUCGAGACCGUGAUUGCGCCGGCGCUCGUGGGCAAGGACCCGACGGAGCAGACGGCGCUCGACAACCUCAUGGUGCAGGAGCUCGACGGCACGCAGAACGAGUGGGGCUGGUGCAAGCAGAAGCUCGGCGCCAACUCGAUCCUCGCCGUCUCGCUGGCGCUGUGCCGCGCCGGCGCCGCCGUCAAGGGCGUCCCGCUCUACCGUCACAUCGCCGACCUCGCCGGCAACACGGAGCUGGUGCUCCCCGUGCCCGCGCUCAACGUUAUCAAUGGCGGCUCGCACGCGGGCAACAAGCUCGCCAUGCAGGAGUUCAUGAUUCUGCCAACGGGCGCCUCGUCGUUCAAAGAGGCAAUGCAGAUGGGCAGCGAGGUCUACCACAACCUCAAGGCCGUGAUCAAGAAGAAGUAUGGCCAGGACGCCACCAACGUCGGCGAUGAGGGCGGCUUCGCGCCCAACAUCCAGGAGAACAAGGAGGGUCUUGAGCUCCUCAAGGUCGCCAUCGAGAAGGCAGGAUACACUGGCAAGGUCGUCAUCGGCAUGGACGUGGCUGCGUCUGAGUUCUACUCGGCCGACGACAAGCGCUACGAUCUGAAUUUCAAGGAAGAAGGCAACGAUGGUAGUGCCAAAAUUUCAGGCGACGAGCUCAUCAAGCUGUACCAAUCUUUCGUGGCUGAGUACCCGAUCGUUUCCAUUGAAGACCCCUUUGACCAGGACGACUGGGAGCACUACAGCAAGUUCACCGCGGCGCUCGGCGAGGCGGUGCAGAUCGUGGGCGAUGACUUGCUCGUCACCAACCCCAAGCGCGUGGCCUACGCCAUCAAGGACAAGUCGUGCAAUGCUCUGCUGCUCAAGGUGAACCAAAUUGGGUCUGUGACUGAGAGUAUCGAGGCCGUGAAGAUGUCCAAGCGCGCUGGGUGGGGCGUGAUGACCAGCCACCGGAGUGGUGAGACCGAGGACACCUUCAUCGCGGAUUUGGCCGUGGGUCUGUCGACCGGGCAGAUCAAGACUGGCGCCCCCUGCCGAUCCGAGCGCUUGGCCAAGUACAACCAGUUGCUGCGCAUCGAGGAGGAGCUCGGUGACAAGGCUGUGUACGCGGGAGUCAACUUCAGACAGCCAGUGAAGCCGUACUGAGCUGCGAUUCUUUCCGUCCGUGGUUUUUCCGAUCGGGUAUGCCAGCGUCCCAAGUCCUUCAGCACAGUAUAGCAUCGUGAUGCGCUCUCAAGGAGUCGUCGCUUUGAGGUUUUACUCUUUUACAGUCGGCAUACCCAGUCACGCCACCUCUUUUUCCUGUCUUGCCAAUAAGUGCUCUACUGUAAUUUAAAAAUGACAACAAAGUCCCGAGGUUUACACUCUCCACGUCUUCGCUGUCCGUGUCGGAAUCGCCGUGC